CCCGCUGUGCCAGUGGGAUACAUCAAAUGUGAUUUUAGCAGAUGCUCACCUGGCUGUGCUGUCAUUUAGUUUUUUAAUUAACACACGACUUUCUAUUCGAAUACACUCAGGCUGUAAACCCAGCCCCAUAUCGCUCAUGUUCGAGCUUAUGCUGUUUGUCCGUUAUACAAGGACACAAGUCUAAAGACAAGGCCUCAGGUGAAUGACCAGGAGGAGAGGGGAGCGCUUUAACCCCUGACCAUCUGGAGCAAUCGCAGUAGAAUUGGAACGAUGGCUGGAGGGCGUAUUCCUGACGGCGUCGACGAUCUAUAACAUAUGUUUUGAUGCUGGUACGCGCGCCGCCUCUUCCUCAGUGCAUUGACUGAACAACGCGACAAUAGCCUAAACGGUGUGUGCUUUCGGCUCCAUCGUUUCUGUUGGUUAUCUAUUCAUCCACGGCUCUGAAUCUGGCAGACCUGCACAGGACAUGGUGUUUUGUGUGGAAUUAGGCCUAUCAGUGUCAUCUGUCUGAGAGGCGGGAGAGGGAAAGAGAGAGAGAGAGAGAGAGAGAGAGAGAGAGAGAGAGAGAGAGAGAGACGGCGCAAAGGAAUCCUUGGCAUAAACACACGUCGGUGUCUCGAUGUGAUUUUGAGUGACUGGCUGCAUUCUUGUGGAGACGAGCGGAACGGAUAAACCCAUUUUCAUCGUCUCACCCAUUUGCGCGGAUAGCGGCUGGUGCAUGCCCGUCUGGGUUGAGCAUCUGACAGCGUCUCUUUCUGCUGGAGCUUGGCUGAUCCGAGCUGUCCUGGGUCGGGCGUGGAGGGAGCCGAGAUGAGCGCCUUUCGGAGGGGUAGCUGGGUGUCUCUGUUGGAGUUGUGUUGGGUAUUAAUGGGACUGUGGAGGCUCGGGGCCGCCUGUCCUGCGUCCUGCUCCUGCAGCGGGACCAGGAUCGCCUGUGUGGACCAGGAGCGGGGCAUCAUGGCUUUCCCAGUGCUGCAGUCUGAGCUGGAGAUGGACAACAUCACGGACAUAUAUAUUGCAAAUCAGAGUAGCUUCUCAUCCAUCAAUGACAAAGACCUGCAUUAUUACCGGAACCUCACGAAUCUAACUGUGACUAACAGCAGGCUUACCUAUGUCUCUCGACUGGCUUUCCAGAACAACCUCAAACUUCAGUAUCUGAAUCUGAAAGACAACAACUUGUCAUCUCUGUAUUGGAGGAUAUUUCGACAUUUAAACAUAUCAAAUCUGAUUCUUUCAGGGAACCCGCUGCACUGUUCCUGUGAGAACAUGUGGAUGAAGCUGUGGCUGGGAGAGGAGGCUGAUGUUCAGGAGCUCAAAUGUAUAGAGGAGGGUGGCGGGAGGAAACCUCUGACCAGGCUCAACCCCCCUCACUGUGUGGUUCCCAUGGCGACUCUGAGCCCGUCCAAGGUGACGGUGCAGGAGGGUGCUGAUGUGGUGUUGACAUGCAACACCUCCGGAGCGCCCUCUCCUGAGCUCAUCUGGAACAUGACCCCACUCGUCUCCUACAAUGAGAUUGAGGCCUCAGGGCAGGUGUCUGAGCUCCAUCUCUAUAACCUCUCCUCACUGGACAACAACUGUAAGAUCACCUGCAGCGCUGAGAACAUUGUGGGCGAGAAUGAGUCCUCAGUCUUCCUCGACAUCCUCUUUCCCCCUAACAUCAGUAAAUUGAGUGAUGCCUACUCGGACCACCACUGGUGCAUCCCAUUCAGUAUGUCUGGGAACCCAAAACCUGAUCUCCGCUGGCUGUUAAACGGGGAGCCGGUAAAUGAGGGACCCUACAUCAUGACUAUGAUCCAUGACUUCUCUGAGAGGGAGUACCACGGCUGCCUGCAGCUGGACAGCCCCACACACAUCAACAACGGACCGUACACUCUGCUGGCCAGCAACAAGUACGGACAAGACCGCAAGACCGUCGAGGCUCACUUCAUGCUUGACCCCUUUGAUGGAGGAACAGUGACAGAACCACUUUACUAUGACCCAACUACAGGUAUAUGUGGUCGUAGGGAUUGCAGCAGUAGCCUUCAUGGGUUUUCUAUUGAUGCUGGUCAUCUUGAAAUUCGGGGGAAACUCAAAGUUUGGAAUCAAAGAGCACACUUAGGCCCUGUUCCAUUCCUGCCUUCAUGGACCUCCCUCGCUCCCUGCACUACCUUUUUGGGGAUCUGUACAGAACAGGGCCCAUGGUUCCAUAGGUCUCCAGAGGACCAUAGGCACAACGGCGAUGAGUAACCUUGCCAAAGACCGGAAGUUUUGUGCUCCCAGAGCUGAUGUAGUCUUUAGCUCAAUGGGCUAUCCGUAUGGAAGUAUGCAAAUGACCUGGGUUCAAUGCCUGGGAGGACACAAACAUGAUGCAGGGGGACACACACAAACACACGCACAAUGUUCCCCCUGAGUGCUUGAGACAUGUGUGGAAUGCUUUUGUGACAGCCUGUGGGAGUUUGAAGUCACUUGUCUCUCGUUGGUCAAUCACAGAUAAAGUGCCCACUUGAGGGGUCAGAGGUCAAUGUGUGUAUGAGAGAUGUGCCGACUGGACAGGCAACAGCAGAUCUCUUCCCUCUCUCAUAGCGACAGGAAAUAUGUGUUGGAGUGUGUUGGAGUAUUAACUCAGGGCCUAGUCACAACCUUCUCUUCCACCUUCUAGAGCAAUUUUUCCUGCUCAGGCCACAUAGGAAAGGAUAAACUCCUGGCUCUAUGACAUACUGGGGCCAUACGUGCGAACAUUAGAAAAAGUUCAGCUUUAACCUGGACCCCCGUCUCAAAAUGCGCAUCAGCCAAUUAAAAUCACUGACGUAGUUGGACGUGAUCCAACACUUGUUAAUGAAAGAACACAUAACAGAAGUCCAACGGUACGUUCUGGUACUAGAUCACAUGUGUUUGACUGAUUGGUCAUAUACACGGUGUACAAAACAUUAAGGAGACCUUCCUAAUAUUGAGUUGUACAACCCCCCUUUUACCCU